GAGCUUUUAAUGUUGCUCGCAGACUGGCUUUUCUCAGUUUCACUUGAGGAUUGGCUGCAAAUGUUGCAGGGAGAGAGAAACAGAGAAAGAUAAACAGAGUUAGAGAAAGACAGACAAGAGGAGGAUACAGCGAAAGGCAGACAAGAGCAGGGACAGCAACAGAAAGUCAGUGAGAAUCAGAGAGCUAGAGUGUGAGACAGAGCAAUAGAGGGAACGUGAAAGAUACAGAGAGACAGACAGAGACGGUGACAAGAAGAGAAAGGGGAAGCAGAGACAGAGAGAGGGAUUAAAUGUAACAGGAGCUGGAUUAGAAGGAUUUUGACAGUCAGCUGGUGGAAGCCGCAAAGCUGCAUUCCUGUCAGAGUUGUGUUGCCGGGUCUGGGACUGAUUCAGAUUCCUGCCUGAAUGUGGUUGGGACAGGGCUGGAGGUAGACCAGAGAUAAACACAGCUUUCAAACAGUGCCUGCUAGCCCUUGGCCAGGGUGGAGAGGAAGGCAGGCACAGGCAGUGGGUAGAAUGUGGGUACCAGCUCUCGCUCUGAAUUUACUUUGGGUUUCGGUCAGUCUGACUGGAUCCAGCAGCCAGUGGCGAGGAGCGAACAGUCCACGUGGGCACUACCACCGUGUCCAGCAUGGGCACUGCACCUACACCUUCGUCCUGCCUGAACCAAGUCACUGCAGAGCCAACAAGCAGCAGGACACCAACGCUCUCCAACGGGACGCUCCACCCAGUGAGCCAGAUACCUCCCUCCAGAAACUACGCCAUCUGGAGACAGCGACAGAAAACAAUACCCAGUGGCUGCUGAAGCUUGAAGGCUACAUCCAGGAUAACAUCAGGUCUGAGAUGUCUCAGAUGCAGCAGAGUGCUGUGCAGAAUCACACAGUGACCAUGUUGGAAAUUGGCACACACCUCCUGAGCCAGACAGCUGAACAAACCCGCAAGCUCACUGAUGUUGAAGCACAGGUUUUAAACCAGACAUCAAGAAUUGAAAUUCAACUGUUGGAAAAUUCCCUCUCCACCAACAAACUGGAGAAACAACUGAUGCUGCAAACCAAUGAGAUCAGCAAAAUACAAGAGAGGAACUGUCUUUUAGAGAGGAAGGUCUCCGACAUUGAGGCCAAACACCGAGCAGAGCUGAGCUCCAUGAAGAAGGAGAAGGAGCUGCUCCAGCAGCUGGUGGGUCACCAGGUCAACACCAUCAGGGAGCUGGAGAAACGCCUGCUCUCUGCCAGCAGCAACAACAGUGGCCUCCAACAGCAGCAGCUUGAACUCCUCCAGACUGUUCACCACCUCAUUGCCCUCAUCUCCCAGGGCAAAGCCAUGGGUAAGAAGGAAGAUAAGAUCUUCAGAGAUUGUGCAGAUGCCUUGGAGUCUGGGGCCAACGUGAGCGGGAUUUACACAAUCCACAUUGAGAACAUGACGGAGCAUCGGAAGGUUUACUGUGACAUGGAGACCAGUGGUGGGGGCUGGACUGUUAUACAGAGGAGAGUGAAUGGCAGCACAGACUUUCAGAGGAACUGGAGGGAGUAUAAAAUGGGUUUCGGAGAUGGAGCUGGGGAGUACUGGCUGGGGAAUGAGGCCAUUUACUUGCUGACCAGCCAACGGCUCCACUCAUUACGGAUUGAGCUGAGGGACUGGGAUGGAAACCAAGUCUAUUCCUUAUAUGAGAAAUUCCACUUGAGCAGUGAGAAGCAGAAUUACAGGUACAGUGUUUGGUUUUGCUUGAAACAGUCACUGAGAGACUAA